AUGGUCGGGACCAGGUCAUCAUCCGCACGACGGGGGCACCGUCUAGUGGCGGCAGCCGUCGUGGUGGCAACGCUGGCAGCCCCGGCCGUGAGUUUCGUGAGCGGGCUCAUCGCUCCAGCACCAAGGUCUCCAUGCAUCGAGAGGCAAGCAUCAGGACCUGUGCCAUAUGACACCUUGCAGAAGCAGCACCCAAAGGGCUACAAGAAAAAGCUCUACAAGCGAAUGCCAAACAGCCGCUUGAGCUUGGAGGAUAUCAUGAAGCGCAUCACCACAGUUCUCCUCAAGAACAUGGAGGAGCACUUCCGAGAUGCGCCCAUUAAGACCGUGGACCUCAUGAAGGAGAUUGGUCUCACCGGCAGACAGAUGAAAACCAAGCGCUUCAUUAUUGACGCUCUGCAGAUGCUCCAGGCCCAGAAGGUGAUCUACAAGGUCAAGGCCAACCCAGCGAGGUGGGAGAUCCAUGAGGAGUACCGCAAGUACGGUGUUCCACCAGUCAGCAAGUUCAACCGAGAACCCUGGGCGCUCACCCACCUCUUGGAGUUCAAGCGCACGAAGAAGCCAAAGUUCGGCCCAGUCCACGGCCUCUACCGUCCCAAGGACCGCGACUUCCUCAAGGAGAAGGGCUUGCCGCUGCAGUCGAUCUAUGAUCCCAUCGCGAAGCCAGAUCCUUACUUCACCGGCGACCUGGCCGACAUGCGCUGCAGUCAGCCUUUCACCUCGGAGUACAAGCUUGUCGCUGAGCGCGUGCCGGUGCCUCCAAAGGGCAAGGACGGCAAGUUCGUGCAGUUCGAUGCAGAUGCUGAUGAGUGA